AUGCAGGAAACACAAUACCCUCCGAUUACAGACAUCAGGAUUGUGUCUCAAAAGGACCGUUGCCCCCAAAGAUAUUUUAUGGUGGGUUUGUCAACUAUACAUCAGGAAUUUCUCUAUUUGACAUGAUUUGAGUUGUAGUCUGAAGCGGUUCCUAAAGCGUUUUGCUAUGCCUUUUGCUCUUAAAAGUCAAAAUACAACCUACCAAAGAAGUGCACCAAGUAGACUUUCGCACAACCUGACAAUUUCAAUUCCAGGCUCAAAGAAUAAUAAUUAGCAAUUAUUAUACAUUCAACUCAUAUCUCUUUUCUGAUUGGCCAAAAGCGUACAGUAAAUUUUCGAAAUCAACGCCUGGGACGUCAUCUAGCUGCAGAUUAUACAAUAAUCAUGUCAAGGACACUCAAGGUCAUAGGUAAUCAUGUUAUGUAUGACCGCGGUGCAUGAUUUCUAAGGGUAAUCAUGUCAAGUUCGUGUGCUUUGUGUUGCUUGCCAUCAGUGAAUUGAAGAAGCAAAAACAUGACCUACUGUUAUGACAAUUUUUUUUUUUUUUCGUUCAAUGUAUAAUGAAACAGUUAUUAGAUUCGGUUUUUGUGAUAUCCAGAAUAUUCAAAGUCUCGGUAAGUGUUAUCAGCCAACCCUACCUUGACCUUGAUUAUUCUGGAUAUCACAAAAACCUUACCUAAUUAUAAUUAUUUAUUAUUGCAUAAGGUUCUGUAUGAUCUGAAGAAAUAAUGAAGAUUAAGGGGGAGGGAUAACACCCUCCAAGCUCUGCAUGAUUUUUCAGAUCAUACGAUAGCGGAAUUCAAUAAUUGCUUUAUCAUUCAUUCAAAUGAUACACAGUGUGGGUCAUUUUCGAGUUUCAAAAACCCUCACUUUAAAGACGAGGCUAUUCGCUGAGCGCAAAACCUUUCCAGUGACAAUGAGUUUCAUUUGCAUGAGAAAAAAAAAAAAAGAUUUUCAUAUCAAUGGCUUCACUCUUAGCCCUCUAUCACAAUGGUGGACUCAGAACUUCAAGUAAAGCUACGGUAAAACAGGAAACAAAAACGUGGAACUUGUUUGGCAAAAUUGCUGCAAAGUGAGUUUAAUAGUGAUGUUGUGCAUUUUACCACCCAUUUAUUAAACCUAUCUUGCAACAAAUCAGGUUGUUGCAAGUUGCGUGAAUACUGACAAGCUCUCGAUUGGAUUAAAUUAUGCGGGAGUCAUGCCAUUCAUGGGAGUUACAUCACUUGCUGAAAGACAAGUUUGCCUUGGGCUGGAAAAAUGGGCAACGUGUAGAUUUUGCUGCAAAAAGUAGAACUAUUCUAUACUUUCUGCAACAAAUUUUUGCAACCUGCAACAGUUUGAAUUGUUGUAUGACAGGUUCGAACGUGGCAAAUAAAACAGGCAACAUCACUAUUCAACAUGGGCCAGCUCUGGCAAAAGCUUUUGCCUUCAAAUGACUUUAAAAAACUGUCGCUGUGUGUAAGACCUAUAACUGCUGGCGGAGCACCCAGGAUUUCAUGUUGAGAUUGGGAGCCUCUGGGCUUUCUCUGAGUAUUUUAAGAGCACAGCCUUGAAGUCGAAGGUUAGCUUAUUGUUGGAACCAAUGAGCUGAAGCUGAAACCAAUACACAGAACCUUUUCAAGAGGCUGCAAAUUCCCAUUACAAGAGAAUGCGUUCAAGUUUUCAUCUCUUAAGUCUUGUAUAGUAUACAGUGCAGAUUGUUUUCACCUGAUGUUGUCAAUAAUGCAUUCAGUAGUGUUUCACCAUGGAUGAAAUUGGACGAGGUUUUGAUACUUAGAACAGCAGUGUUCUGGUCUCAUGUUUGUUGACAUUGUUGUUUUUGUUACCAUAAUAUUUUUGUUUUUUCUUCCACUGUUUAUCUUGUUGGUUUAGCUUGAAAAGACAGUACUUGGACAUGAUGGCCAGUUAUUUGACAGCACAUGGCGACACAAAGGAAAGCGUUAUCUUUGCUUUUCACGUGAGGUGUGGUAGUAUUGACCUCUCAUCCUUUCAUUUUGUUAAGUUACAUGGUGGUAUAUAUGUAUAUACAGAUAUGUUGAAGUUAAAUUUUUAUAUCAGGUAAUUUUUAUUUUUCUUCUGUUUUUGGGUAUGGUAAUGUGUACUAAUGAAGUUAAAACAAAGGAAAAAUAAAAGUUACCUGAGAUAAAAAAUUAACUACAACAUGUAUGUGAUUUUUUUAAUGUAAAGUAUAUAUAUUUUUGAAAGUGAUUUGUGUCUCUGAAUUGCAAAUUAUUAUUUCAUAAAUUUCAUGUACCAACCUUAUUGCCAGUGCUUAUGACAUUUCUUCCCAUUUCAUUCUUCCUGGAUUGAUUCAAAAAACAGAGAGGGAGAUGCCAGGGAAGUACACUGUAGUCACUAACCUGUGAAACUAGGCUGGUCAUAUAUCAUAACCAUUUUUUAUUUGUAUAAAUUGGCAAUUUACACAUCAUUUGUUUAAUAACAAGAACGCUCUUACAGUGGCGUUCAGUCUCACUUGCUUGGAGAUUAGAUCGAAAAAUGAGGAGGCGAUUAAUUCUACACGAAACAGGAUUUACUCACUAAAGGUUUCUUACUUCCUACUUUAUCGACUUCAAUAUUUUUUAUUUUUUCUAAACUGAUUUAGUACGCGUGUCAGUGAUGACCGGAAAUACCUCUGCGGUUGCAGACCUGGCUAUACGCAUGUAUAAAUACACGAAAAUUCAAGGGCCUUGAUUCCAGUAGCCUGCGAGCAAGCUCUCCUAGUAGUGGGAGUGAAGCGAGUCUCGCGGACGAAGCGGAAGCCAGCUUAGCCUGCUAUCAAUCAACUUCGAUUUCCGGAACGUCAUUUUUCAGCCAAUGGUAUUUCCCUUUGUCUGGGCGAAGUACAAAUGAAAUUUUAUGAGGGGUCGUUGCAAGCUCUCCUUUCCUCGGCCCCUCGCUCGCAUGUUCUCGCGAGGCUCACUUCGCUUGCCCAAAUAGGAGAGCUUGCUCGCAGGCUACGAUUCCAGAGAAAUAACAUCAUUGCCAGAGAUCAAAAAAGUGAUUUUAAUGGCACGUCAUUUCAAUCAUCACCGAAAAUAAAUGGCAUGCUCUUUACAAGACCCCAUUUGCAUACAAUGAAAGUAAAUACAACACCCAACCAUCCAAGUUUUGCUAAUUAAGAUUCUUAUUUUUUUUCGACCACUCAGUAGUGUUCACUUGUUCCAAAGUAAUCAAUGCUUUGAAGCAGUAGAAUUCGUAAACCGACACGUUUUGGAAAAGCUCUAAAUUUAAUCUUUCUAGUCGAGCUUACGUCGCAAAACAUGCAUGGCUUCAAUCACACAACAAUUCUUAUCCUCAGUUUCCACGUCUCUGCUAGGACGCCCGGCACAAUGACUCCACUUUUCUGUCAAAAAUACAAAGAAAAAUGCGUUGCAGAUUAUGAGUCUCGCUGCUUAUGCAAGUGAGACUAAAUAUUAUUUUUUUUGUGUUUUUAAAUGAUUUGUUUUGAUAACCUGUUAAAACAACUGCUUUCAAGCUAUUAGCCUUGAAAGUGACCAUGUACAUGUAUCAUCUUAUUGCAGGGGUGUUGGGAAAAUCACAUGUACAUGUAGAUGCUAACUUCAUGUAUUAAUUAGCACUUAAUGAAUGAGGCUGAGUAGGAUAUGAAGAAUUAAGCAGAUCGAGGCGGGUGUUGGCCGAGGUGGAUAACACCCUCUGACUCAGAUCUGCUUAAUUCUUCAAAUCCUACCAAAGUCAAAUUCAUUAAUUGCUAUAUUAUUCAUUCAAAAUAAUUCCUAGUUUAAAAACAUAGCUACAACAUGCUUACCUGCAUCGAUGUUAAGCUUAUCUUCGAUAGUGUGUGUUUAGAUUUGUACAGCUUCGUAAAUAUUCUCCAAAUAGCAAAUGUUGCCCUCUGAGUUGUUUUCUUGCUGUUUUUGCUAUGUUUUUAGCAAUUAUUUCGCCUAGUUCCAGCUGUAGUUCUUACUCUUGAAACGAGUGAUGUGUCCACCAUUUUAGUUUUCACAACGAAAACAACUCAACCUUGUCCCCAGGUCUUCUCAUUUAUGGGUGCAUUAACCUGUAGAGGGCUGCAUUUUUGACGUCAUUUCCUCGUUAAACACAAAAUUCUUCCACAUUUGUUCAUCAGUAACUGGUUAUGGUGAAUUAUGCGUGUACUUUUAGCCAAUCAGAAUCGGGGAAAUAAUAUUAUUUUGAAUGAAUGAUAAUGGCUGUUUAUUUCUUUGUUUCUUUAACAAUAAUAAUGGCCACAUUCUUCUGAUUGGGUUUUGUCUUGGUUUUGAGAGCAGCAUUAAUUGGUGAUAUUAUUUUGCUUUCAUGUGCAGUGUUCAAUCAGGGGGUAAUGUUUUAUUGGGUAAAUAUGACUAAAUAUCAUACAAUGGCUGCAUACAUUUCAAUCUGUUCGUCGACGAUUUUUAGGUGGGAGAAAAUGUUAUUGAAGACCUAACCGUAAUUGGGGAAGAUGAUCCUAUGGUAGCUGGAUUUACAGCAAUAACCAAAGCUCAUGAUGAUGGUCUGUCUUACAGUUUCUUGUUGUUGUCGUUGUUUCUACGUGUAAGAGUAUUAUUUUGUUGCCAAGAAAUAUCACAUUUCAAGAGCAUUGCUCAUGGUGUAGUUCCUGUAAUCCCUAUUUCCUCUUUCCUUACCCAUGUACAAGUUGCUUUUCCUCAUGCACGUUUUUGUCUCUCUUGAAAUUACGGCCAGUAAGACUUUAAAAGAUUUUGGCCAGAAGAUCCCAGAAGAUUUCAUGGUUUCACAAUUGCUGAACUCUUAUUCAGAGAACAGCUUGGUAGAACAAUUUUUUCCUUGAAACUUUGUACUUGCAACUGAACUGCAUUCAACACACACUUUCUAUUUUAGAUGAUAAAGCCUUCAGGAAACAUCUCCUGUGCCUUAAAAUUCAGUCAAGCAGGACAGCAAUUAAUGCCGUUUGUGAUAUUGUGCUUAUAAACAGAACUAAAGGAGAGACCGCCCCUCCUGGCUUUCAUCUCAUUGCGUAAGUUUGUACAGUGUAUUCAUCACUUAACCCGGCGGUCAGUGCUUUGUACUUAGAAUGAAACAUUGAGAGAGAAAUCAAAACUUAUUUUGUUUAUUUUUGGAAGCUGGUAUUUUGCUUCUAGAACAGAAGGCCACCCGCAAAGUGCGCGAUCUCCAAAAGGCUAUUUGAUAGAUUUUAGCUCUUAAUAGCCAGAAAACAGCUCGGCUAGCUUCAAAACACGUUUUGUGUUAAAUUUUUAGGGGCGAAUGGGUUGAUGUAGUGCAGUUAUUGUACUAUUAGUGCUGUAGCCAUUAACGAUAAAUUUUGACUAGAUGUGCUUUUAUGGUAUUAUAGGGAAAGGGGGAGUUUAAUAGGCAUUCAAGCAUUUUUAUUCCUGCCGUAGAGAUGAUUUAUAGCGGUGCUCUUGCGCAGCGGAGCACCAUGGGUAAGAAAAUUUGGUUAACUCUGUGCAUCCGAGAAAAUUUGGUAGUCACGUGAUCGUACAUUCACCCGCCUGAAAGCCCCCCGAACCACAGGCGUACCAAUGUAAAAUAACUCAAUUAACAGGUAUGGCAACCCAAAUGGAACUCGGGUUUUUUUCGGGUGGCCACCCGCGCGCCAGACAUUUAGAGAGAAAAAACAACAACAAUCUCGUGUCUUUUUUCGACUAAGUUUUAAUAUCUACACUGACUUGGAUAACAGAGAAAGAGCUAGAGCGAGAGAUAAAAAACAAAGGAGACGAAUUUUGUUGGAAGAACAACAUGAAAAUUUUAUGUCGUUGGUGGGAAAAUGAGAAAUGCUAGCGGUCAGCAAGGAGAAGCCAGCAAGGUAAAAAUGAGGUGCAGUGGAAAAAAAAAGCGAACGGGAACACUUUGGUGAGCGCAUACGACAUUUUUUCCCCAUAAAAUGUGUAACUAGAAAGUUUCACGUUGUGGCCAUGCAAAGCAACGGCAAAGAAAUGUACUAAUUUUGUCGCUAAUUAGACUAUUGAUUAUUUCGCAGAUCUCGUUGCCGUCGCCGUUUAGCAUCUCUCGAUUUUAUUUUUUGUUUGAGUAUAUUAUAAGUGUGUUAACGAGACCUUCGCUUUUAGCCUUGGUUAAAUCUAUACAUUAGGUAGUCUGUGGUAGAAAAAUUAAUCUUUGACUUUAUUUCUCUAGGAAUGAGGUAAACAAUAUAUCGAUAUGUUACAAAGUGGCACCAAUUAUAAGACAGCAACCUGCAGCUGCUAUUACAGGACAGCAGUAUAUGUACUCCAGUGUUCCUCAUUCUCUUGGACCAAACAGGCAACAAUGGUCAGAAUAUUGUUUUUUUUGUGUUUAUUAACUUUAGAGUACAGAACAUUGUUUUAGUGGUAUACCAACGAUGGUCAUUUCUUGAUCUCGCCAUAAUAGUCCAUUUUACAGUUACAGGUGGAAACGAGGCUGGAGUUGACCUUGUUUUGAUACAACCCUUCCUGCUUUGGUAUGUGAAUCAUGUCGUUCUUAUGCUAACUAGUAUUUUUUAAGCAUAAUUGCCAGAAGAAAAGGAAAGUGGUUUGUAUCAAAACAAGGUCAACCUCAGCCUCACAUUCAUUCAAAGGCUAGGAUAACUGUAAAAUGGUCUAUUGACACAGUUGCACGUCCAUGUGCGACCACCUCUGGUAAGAUCACCUCCCAUAAACACCCAAAAUUUCCCAGUCAAAGCUCUAUGGUAAUCGCUGUUGAAACCUUUUUUAUUCUACCACCUCUCCUAAGUGACCUCGUCCACUUUUUGUUUUGAUGGCUAAUCCGCAGUAGAGUAAGACUCACGUUUACGCCAAACUUCAAACGUCAGAUUCAAGUUGAGAAUUUCUCAGGAUAGGUGGUAUCGCCGCCAUGCUGGUGGACGGCAAACAAAAGAUCGCUCAUUAGCUCGUUUUGUUUGUCCACCAGCAUUCGUUCAUUUCACCAUUGUUAUUUGUGUCUCCCGAGAUUGCAUGAAAACCACCUAUAGAAAAUAAGCAGGUAAAAACUGUCCAGAACAAUUCUUAUGUAUAAGGCUGGCGUGAAACUAAUUAUUUUUUAGUUUAAGUAAUAAACAGUUAACGACAAUUAAGGGAAAAACUUUUUCGCGUUGUACAAAUUCACGUUUGCCGUUUAGCGUAAACGUGAAUCUUAAUCUCUCUACUGUCUGAUCUUUUAGUUCUCUGUAUAUAGUUCGCUUCUCAGUGUAUACCGAGAACUUUUAGUGACAACAUGGAACUACACAUAACGUAACUUAUGCCCUGUUUACAAGAAGGGAGGGUAACCCUGGUGCUAGGGUUACCCUAGCACUCGCACAUUUCUUUUUGGUUUUUACACGACGUGUUUACAAGGCAGGUAGGGUUACCCUAGGAAGAGGGUUACCCUAAGGUGCCUUGUAAAAGCUCUGCAAGGGAUAACUUGCCUACUCGGGUCAACUUUCCUCCCUCACGCGUGACCAGUAAUCUUGACAAUUUGAACGGAAUUAUCCCAUUCCUGAGCUAAAUUAUAAACAUCUGAACAAUAUAAGGUAUUUUCUGUAUACGAUGAUUAUAUUUUCCCGUUUUUUGGUGAAUUUAACGUGUUUUCCAUAGAGAACUUCAAGUUUUAUUUUAAAUCUUGGACGUUACAUGUAUAAAGAAUGUCACGCUUGACAAAAGACGUCAGUAAAGCUGAUAAAGUUAACCCGGGUGAUAGGGUAGCCUUACCUGUGAAAUUUGCUUGUAAUCCAGAGAUAACUUUAACCCGCUUGGUGAGUAACCCUAGCACAAGGGUAUAAACCCUCUCUCCUUGUAAACAGGCCCUCCCAGGAGAUACCAUAAAAAUUUCCAUCCCACUGUUGCGGACCGUAGGGUUCUUGUUAGAGUCAAUACCCACCUGUCAGCCUUCUUUUUAUAACCAAACUGCUUUAAGGAGGUAGCGUGGCCGAAUAAGCAGCGCGUCCGACUCGCAAAUCGUCCGUACCAGGUUCGAGUUCCGCUCUGACUUCUUGAUAGAUUUGUUCUCGGUAGUCCAAAGUUCAAAUCCUCGGUCACGCCUGUAAGUAGCCAACUGGUUGCCUCCUGCCAGUUGGCGUUUUUAAUCCUGUUAUGUUAUAUUUGAAUCAUUUCUUUCUAUUUGACUGGAGUGCCUGUAAAUUAGCUGCAUAAGCUAAGUGCACUAAUUCCAUGACAACACAAACCUGUAACCUUUUAAGGCCCGUUUCAAAUGUCGUGCUACCGCCGUGCCGAACUCAGUUGAUCGAAUUAAAUUCGACUUUAGCACGGCAGUAGCGCGACGUUUGAAACCAAGUCGUGCUACUGCUGUGUAGCACUGCAAGCCUUGCCGUGCUACACAGCAGUAGCUGGACUUGGUUUCAAACGUCGUGCUACCACCGUGUCGAACUCAAUUCAUAAAUUGUAAAUACAUUAGAAUAUAUUUAAAAGUUUGCUAAAAAGUUUCUUUAUUUUUGUGUUUUGUUUUUGGCAACAGCCGUUCCAUUCGACUGUCAUAGUGUGAAUUAAAUUCGACGUCUGAAACCAAGUCGUGCUAGUGUCGUGCUGCAGUCGAGCCUGCUUAGCACGGCAGUAGCACGACGUUUGAAACAGGCCUAAGACAAUUACAAGACAGUGAAUAUUUACGGGCUCCUCUUGUCGCCCGCAAUCUUAAUCUCCAGGUUGUUAUUAAGCAUGCGUCGUAUGUAUGUAGCCAGCAUUCGUUUGGACUUUCACUAAGAAUGAAUGGAAUUUGAUCACGCGCGUUUGGACCUUCUCUCAUCAGGGCGGAUAAAGGUUGGGCGGUGAAACGAGCGCGUCCGAGCAAAAAGGUGUGAUGCAGUGGACUGGGACUCUGCUUAGAAAUGUCGCUUAUUUUCGGCAAUUCGGUCAGGGCUUGCGAUGUGGUUUGUCCAUUAGACACUGCCGCUGUCACUGAAUGAAGGCGGCUUGAUUUGUUUUCUUGCACUUCUUCCUCGUUCCUUUGUGCUGGUUCGCUGUCUUCGGGAGGCAAAUGUUGCUAUUUUUUGCGGGAGGCUUAGUUGGAGUAGACAGACAUCUCUUUCAAAGGAUUUCUCUUAUUACUUCCAUGACUCUACCAUUGAAUUAUAUUUUCGUUCUACUACUCGCCAAUGUCGAUGUUUUCCAAAACAAAAACAACUAAGUACUGUCUAAAACACGAAAGGAAAGUCUCAUCCAUGUCAUCCAUGGCAAAAUUAAAAGACAGCAUAUCGUGUUUCAUAACUAGAUGACGUGUAUUUUAUAAAUGCGUGCAGCUCGUGUAAGGUGAAAUUAUGCUAAUUUCAAUCACCAUCAUCCUUCUUUCAUACGUCUUUCUGUUUCUUCGAAACUUCAAAAUUAGUUUUCCCUCAGUUUUUACUGUUUACCUUGUUUUGUUUUAGAGAGAAAAAAGGAGAAAAAACCUUACAACUAACCUCAAUAAAUUUUGUUUGCAUGCGGUUGCCGGAUUUGCGACGCAUUGCGCGGAUCGCCAUGGCGCGUUGCACCCGAGAAGCAAAGUUUGAAGCAGUACUACGCCACUAUGUCAAAAUAUAUCAAUCUAAUUUUUUGUUAUGUUAUAUAAAAUUUAUCCCCCUUUAACAUAUGUAAAAAUUGAGUUUAAGAAGUGUUAAGCUUUCGCAAACGAAACGGCGAAAGACGAUUAGGUGAUAUUUAGCGGAAGGAGGAGGUAUUCAACACUUUCAAAUUAAACUCAAAUUUUGGCAUUAUAUGACCAACAAGUUUGACUUAUAGGCAUACAGACACAAACAUAUGAAACUGUUUAUUGAUAUUGUUAUGAAACGAAUUUAUCUAUUUAACAUUGUAGCCUGAAAUUACAGAAAGAAAAUAGGAUUUCCGGUUUGCAAAAAGGAAAAUUUCGCCGGCCUUCAAGCGCACCGGAAGCGCGGAAAGAGCGCUCGUGCCAGUCCUACUGCGCAUCACACGUUAACUGAAGAGCGGAGCGCUCGUUUCACCGCCCAACAUUUAUCCGCCCUGUCUCUCACUCUUAAUCUGAUCACGCGUGUUUUGACUAACUUUCACGUGAAAGCACAGCAAUGGAGCAAAAGCCUUUUGACCUUCGAUCGCUUUCGCCCGCACUCCGUAACCUUUGGUUAUUACUAGUUUGUAAAGGUGUUUGCUGAUAUUUUGUCGUAUACUGAACUGUAGGUAUGGACAGGCGCCUCCACCAGGACACUGGCAGGUUCAGCAACAACAACAACAAGGUCAUCCUGCUGCUCCUUACCCGGGUCCACAUUCAGCUCACCCUACUUUAGAAACGUUGCAUUCUAGACCUGGAGCUUUUUCAGGUACACUAACUUUAUCAUAAAAACAAUCUUGUACUGAACAGUAAUUGGUGGUUUCAACCUGGAGACGGCAGAGUAUUACUUGCCUUCUGCGUACAGAUAAUAUGGCUUAAAGAGGCAAAGUGAUUCGUCCAUGACCAACUGCACGAUCACCGGUCGUUUCGCUACAAAGCAAGGCUCGAAAAAAGUCCGGAUCAUCAUACAUUUCUGGGAAACUGCCCACCUACCCCUCCCCUAAGACAACCUUAACACUUACUUCUCACUUAAGGCAAAAUGUUGUCUAGGGGGAAGGGUAGGUGGGCAGUUUCAAAGAAACGUAUAAUCAUCCAAAUAGGUCCCGUCCGGUAGACGUGACAAGUAGAUUUUCUUGCUGGGUAUGUAAUUUUUUAAGUUGACCUGCCCGAUUGGUAAUGGUCAAAUCAAUUCAUCCUCUAACAAAAUCAUUAACUGAGACAAGCAAGAAGUGGCCCCGGGCAAGUAAAUUGCGCGAGCUGCUUGUCCAAAGGACAAGCUUGAAAUCCAGGUUUUUAGUCGGUUGAUUUUUGGUGCAUAUUGACGUCGUUGCAAAGUUGUUUCCCUAAAAAGAAGUCGUCUCUUGGCAAAGUCGUUUCGCUAAAAAACAAGUCGUCUCGCUUUAAAUGCAGCGGAAGGGCUGUACAUGUAGCGAAACGACUUUGGAACUACACGACCGACCAUUGCACAUAUUCCAAACCUCCAUAGUGUGCAUAAGAAAAAGGUGUAAAUUUGAAUGUUUUACAUUAGAGACGGUCAUAAGAGGGAGAUUUUGAAUUUGCCCUUGUCAAUCCUGUAAGGAAUUUUAUUUUUAUUUCUAAAUAGUUACUUUCAUUUCUUUUUGUACAGUUUGUUGCGUUUGAAAAGGUUAGGUUUACGGCUACGAUCGUUAAGCUUUCUUCAGCGAUCGUAGCGAAUACAUAUAGACACAAAAUACAUCCUUAUUAACCCCGGAUCUAAGCCCCCACUACCUUGCAUUGAAGAAUUCGAUUCAUUAUGAAGUUUUGACAUCUUAUUAAAGGAGCUGUGUCACGAAAUUCAGCCAAAUUAGGAAAUCACAAAACGCCCGUUCAAUUAAGAGAAACACAAAAAUAACUGCUUAAAACUUUAAAGGACGGUUAAAAUAACAUAACAGAAACAACGGAUGCCACGGAUACGCAAAACUGAAGAAGAUUGAAACGGAUUGAAAUUAGGGUUUUUGAAAACUGUUUAGCCUAACAGUUUUUCAAAGUUGAUCCCUGCUGCUUGCAACUUCAAAAAUAAUGCUAAGGAGACAUAUUUGUUUGUCUAUGAUCUCUGAUUUUGUCAUAUAACUGUAAUUUCUUUGCUUUCUUUAAUUUCCAUAGCGAUUGAGGGCGAGUACGUAAUUGGCAAAAUUAAACAAAAUGAACUGGACUGCCGUAACACAGCCCCUUGAAAAGCCAGUGAACCCUCCUAAAACUCAGGGUUUAUAAGCGGCGAUUUACAGUUUAUGGAAAACAACGUAGUUGACACCGGAGGCGGCUAAGAUAGAAAAUAUUCACAUUACUGCCUACGAAAAAGAACAAAUUGAGUACUGUUUGUCUAAUAAUUUGUUGAUUUUAACUCCUAGCCAUUGAAGGCCUUCCGUUUCAAGUAAAUGCUAAGUUUGAUAUCUUAUGGAAAAAAUGUGGGGUGAGUUUUUACCGUAUAGUUUAUUAAUAUAAAGUACAGUAGGUUUGAUUGAACUUUCCCAGAGUAACAAUUUCAUUACAUUUCCGGACAAAGUACAUGUCCUAUAACUGGCGUGGGGUGAGUGGGGGGGGGGGCGGGGAGGGGGAGGGUGGGGAGGGGGAAUUGCAUAAUCCCCUACUUAGAUCUUCAACAGCCAACCGUCAGAUUUAGUGCCCGUUGGUCCUUUUCAAACGAACCGACGGAUUUAGUGCCCCCUAUCCCUGACGUUCCACUCCCAACAUUAGAGACCUUUAGAUUCUAAGACAGGGACAACUACGAAAACGAGACUUUCCGUAGUGCGCGCGGGUGCACCAGCAUCAUUUUGGCGGGAAAACUCGAUAGCCGUCAUCAUUCUGCUACGGCCUACGGGUUUUAGUGAGAAUACCGUAGCGAGGGAAACGUUGUCAAAUGUUAGGAGUUUCGGUUUAUUUUUUCUGGUCGGGAGAGGCUUAACUUUCUUAAAUAAAAAUAACCGCGUAAACUUUUCUGUUGAAAAAAAAAAGUAAAAUGAAGCUUGGCGGAGCGUGUAUCUUUUGAGACGGCACCCACAAAACAAAAAAUAAAAGAACUUUAAGUCAAAAGGCUCCUCCUCCUCUUCUAAUCUAAAGUUCUCUAGCACCCCCUCCCACUCCCCCACAACAAACAUUUUGUCCUAAGUGAAAAGCUAGUGUGAACGUUGGUUAGGGGAAGGGCAGGGGGACAAUUUUCAAGGAUCUUCCACUGAUGUCCAUUAAGCUAGCUGUCGUUAUGGUGGCAUGCCAUUCCUGUGUAACUUGGAAUGGUUUGUUGUAGUGUUAGGUUUCUAAUUGCUGUUUAUGUUUCUGUAUUCUAGCCGGCAAUACCAAAUGUUCAAACCUUAUCUGUAAAUGACAUAGAUUCAAAGGUAAGACGAAUUAUCCUCUCUUGAUUUUAGUGUAGUCAUUCGCGACACGUGACACAGUUUCCUAUACACUAAUUGGUAAACAUCUCUGAAGACGUGCGAUGCAGUUGUUGUUUUACUGGUAGUGCCUUUAUUAAAAAAUGCUUCGGCUGGCUGAAAUCAUUUCAUGAAAAGGCUUAUCAAAACACGUGACUCGCGUUUGGAUUCUUUAUAGCCAAUAACUUGUCAGCUAAACGGACCAAUAAGUUCGCAGCUUAUUGACCGGUUAGAAAUCAGCUUUAGUAAUCUCUUUAAUUUAUAUGAUGCAUGACUUCCGCCAAGAGCCAUGGCUCUUGCUUCCGCACAGUUCCUUGAAACGUAACGUAAAACAACAGUUCUAUUCAAAAUUACACUCACCUGAGCGAUGAUUUUCCAGCUACUAUUGUGAUAUGUUCCUAGGAUUAACAGGGCUACAAGCUCAAUUUUUUUAAAGCUGUCUUUUGGCAACAUUUAAUUCUAAAAUGGUCCCCACAUAUAGCAUGUUGGUCGCCGAAAAGGCACUUUGUGCAGUAUUACAUAACGUUUUGAACAGAAAUGAUGAGAACGGCUGUCGGCAUUCAGUUUUGGAGGUGCACGCGCACGUGCGGAGGAACUUGAUUUUGGAGGCGCAGGCGCACGUGCUGCGCACACACGGACAGCCAGGGUGAAAUAGGUUAAAGAAAAUGGAAUAACUUUAAUUUAACUUUGGAAAGACCAUAAAGAAGAUCUAAUUGAAAAACACACAGUCCACCCACUAUGACUGGCGCAUUACCGCUAAACACUUGUCGCUAAACUUGCGAAUCUCACUGAACAUUUAUCUUCAAACCUGUUUAAAUUUCGUAGCUUUUAUGUCCUUGCAGCAAGAGGGAGGGAUGAUCUCUCUUGCCUCACUGUGAAUUUUAAAAGCAUGCAUUGGGCUCGUUACUUGUGAGUUUGUGGAUGAAAUCCUCUUUUGAUCAUUGAGUCCUGGGGUGGUAAGCCUUCACUUUUGUUGAUUGUAAGAAACUCAAUUACCAGGUUAUUCCUUUUGUAUUUUUAUUUUGUUGUACUUUUAUUUCUUGCUUCACAGUACAAUUAUGACUUUAGCAAAGAACGAGCUGUAAUUUCAAGAUGAAGUAGAAUGCUUGUUAAUAAAGACGCCUACACGCCACGUGCCGGACAAGAUGAUUGCAGUUCCGAGGACCUCAUCUAGAUCAAUGCAUUUUCGAAACGUCCUUUACAAAUACUCGUCAAAAGCUCCAAGUCCGUAAAAUCGUUUUUCGCUCGUUUUCGACCGUUCACCUCAAGAUGCCUGUUUCAAGGCUACUGUUAGACGUGUGUUAAAUUUCCAACCUUGUUGUGGGUCAUGCUUGAGUAGCUGUGACGUCAGCGUUUUAGGAAAGCGUUUUGCCGUCCACACUAAAACAGAAAAGCGAUGUAUAAGCGCUAUAUAAAUUCUAAAUUCCAUUAUUAUUAAAUGACAGACCUCCAUCUUUUAAAUGAGUUCACUUUCGAAAUGGCGUUUUCUUUGGAAAGUGUCUGUUUUUUGCCGUGUUAAUGUGAAGGCAGUGCCAAUACGCAUAAAAAUUAAAACGCACUAAUGCGGAUUGGGUCUUGCAUAGGUUAUUGUUAUCGAAAGAGGUUUAAAAUAUGUUGCGGAGAGGAAGACUUUCUUCAGGCUAAGGGAGUACUUGGACCAAUCUUACCGCAUGUAGACGGCAAAGCGUAUGUGCGCACAAAGUUACCGAUAUCUCCACGAAUGUUGGCGUGUCGAAGCUUUGGCUCAGCCUGUGUUCUCACUAUACCGCCUUUCCGUGCCAACACGAAAAGGUAUCGGGUAUAGUAUGAACACCUGUCUGAUAUGUGGAUCUCCACUAGUUUUUAGAGAUCGUCGCGGCUCGGCUUCAUUCCGUAGAGCCUGGUUCUCAUAUGCCGCCGAUGUAUCUGCGAAGUAGCCGCCGGUACCGCCUGAGCUACUUCUCGGAC